AUGUAUAUUGGAUUUCCUCAGCUUAUAAUUUUGUCGUUGUGGGAAUUCACGGAAAAUGACUCUCCAGCAGUGAUUGUGUUGGCAGUGCUCUUUCUCAUUAUGGCACUCGUUAUCGUGGGUUACUCAUUCUGGACCACUUGGAGAUAUGGGCGUCUCUCUAUCGCAAAGUAUAACAAUCCUGCAGCGUUACUAUAUGGUGACUCCCUUAUUUUGAACAAGUAUGGCGUCUGUUAUACCAUGUUCACUGCUAAGAAAUACUGGUUUGGAGGAAUCGUGAUCGGUUACGGUCUUGUCAAAGGUAUUUUCAUUGCCUUGUGUCAAGGUAGUGGAAAAACUUCGGCUUUGGUUAUUUUCAUUCUCGAUUUGGCGUUCACAAUUUACCUUUUCCUCCAAGCUCCAUACUUGGACAAGUCUACCAAUAUCGUCAAUUUACUGUGUGGCCAUUGUGAACACCAUCAACUCGUUCUUAUUUUUAUUCUUUUCUGA